UGCCAUCACCCUGCAGAGAGGCCUCUCUGCACCUCAGAGUGUUUACCAUGCCUCUAGGAACAUCCUUCCUUCCUGUUCUUUGUUUCUUGGGAGCAGCCAUUCCAAGGGGACUGCAAUAUGUCACGUUCUCACGCAACACUACAAAAUUCCUCCACUUGUCAAUGGACUUGGAGUCUGGGACCAUUUACCUGGGGGCCACCAACUUUCUUUUUCAGUUGACAUCUGACCUGCUGCUGGAGAACGUGGUUCAGACGGGGCCGGUUCUGGACAGUAAGGAUUGCCUCCCUCCGGUCUCCAAGCUGGAGUGUCCUCAGGCGCACUACACCGACAAUCACAACAAGCUGCUGCUGGUGGACGCGGCGCAUGAGGAGCUCAUCGUGUGCGGCAGCGUGCACCAGGGCAUCUGCGAGAAGAGGAGCCUCACCUCCAUCGACCACGUUCUCUUCCGACCAGAAAGCCCUGGUGACACCCAGUACGUUGCUGCCAACGAUCCCAAUAUCACCACCGUGGGACUUGUGGCUUACUCGAAGGACGAGGUCCCUCUGCUCUUUGUGGGACGAGGGUACACUAGCCGAGGGGUUGGAGGGGGGAUCCCUCCCAUCACCACCCGAAAUCUCAGGGCCCUCGGGGGGGAUAUUCAAGGCACCGACUCGCACUCCAUCUUCUCCUAUGAAGAAACAGCAAAGCUGGCCGUGGGCCGGCUCUCCGAGUACAACCACCACUUCAUUAAGUCCUUCACCUACCGCUCGAGCGUCUACUUCCUCUUCUACCGUCGGGACCUCAAGUCGCAGUCGCGGGAGUACAAGACCUACAUCUCGCGCAUCUGCCUCGAUGACUCGCACUAUUACUCCUACGUGGAGCUGCCGCUGCUCUGCCAGAGCGAAGCCAACACGUACAGCCUGCUGCAGGCCGCCUACGUCACCCGGCCGGGCGAAGGCCUGGCCCGAGGGCACUUUGGCACCGAGGGAGAGGUGCUCUUCACUGCCUUCUCUGCCUGGCAGGCUUCGUCCGGCAAGCUGAGCGAGGAGUCCGCGCUCUGCGUCUACGCCAUGGAGGAGGUGGAUCGCCUCACCAACUGGACUAGGGAUGUUUGCUACAUGAGAGAUGGGAGGUCAGAAGACGGGACGGAGGUGGCUUAUAUUGAAUACGAUGUCAGCUCCAACUGUGUCCAGCUGCCAGCGGACACCCUGUACGCCUACCCCUGCGGCUCUGACCACACUCCCAGCCCCAUGGCCAGCCGGAUACCUUUGGAAGCAGCUCCGCUCCUGGAGAAGACAGGAGCCCGCCUGACAGCUGUGGCGGUGAAUGUGGAAGAUGGCCACACCAUUGCUUUUCUGGGAGACAGCAAAGGGAGACUGCACAAGGCAUACUUGGGAGCCAUGGGAGAUACUAGGAUAUACGCUUCUUUAGCCAUCCAGGUGAACAGCAUGGUGAGUGCAGACCUGCUAUUCGACCAGUUGCAGCAGCACCUCUUCGUCAUGACCCAGUCAAUGGUGGUGAAGGUUCCCAUCUUGGAGUGUUCCCUGUACUCGGACUGUGAAUCCUGCCUGAAACUGCAAGAUCCUUACUGUGGCUGGUGUGUCCUUCAGGGCCGGUGCAGCCGUCGCUCUGAAUGCCUGCGAUCCAGACUCAGUGAGCAGUGGCUCUGGAGCUUUAACUCUACACAGCAGUGCCUGUCCAUCCAAUCACUAACUCCAGCCAAUAUCAGCAGAGAGGAAAAGAGAAAUAUCUUCCUGGCUAUCUCGGAUUUGCCGUCUCUGCAUGAGGAAGAAUUUUACUCGUGCUAUUUUGAAGAUUAUGAAAGCCCAGCAGUCCUGACGGAGUCGGGAAUCAUGUGCCCCUCGCCAGAUCCCAGCCAAGCACCAACUUUGCCAACUGGAGCAGAUCAUGUCACCAUAAAGCUUGUAGUGCGUUUCCAUGACAUCUUCAUUGCCUCUGUGGACUUCUCUUUCUAUGACUGUGCUGCUGUUGCCCUGCUAUGGAAAUCAGCACCGUGCCAGAAGUGUGUGAGCAGUCCCUGGAGAUGUAACUGGUGCAUCCAGCAGCACCUCUGCACACACAAAGCAGCCUGUGAGGAAGGAACAAUUAUUUUCAAUGAAAGGGCACAGCUUCCAACCCCAAGUCUGUUUCUGUCUUCGGCAGCUCCCCCCAGCAAGUCCUCUACGGUAGCACCAACGGCAGCCACCAAAGCCGUCACCCCCGCCGUGCGCGUGGCGCUGAGCACUGUGCCCCCCACAGAACCUGUCCCUGUCACACCCUCGGCAGUCUCGGACACGACGACGGAGCCCGCAGGUUCCCCCAGCUACACGUACUCGACUCCCUCAUCUGAAGCUGCCUCUCUCCAGGCCUCCACAGAGUCCCCCCUGCCGCCACCAGCGGACAACCCUGCUGUCACGGAGCCGGACACGACUUCCCUUGCUGCAUCUGUCCUCCCCAGCCCAUCACAGCCCGUGGGUGACACAGACCUGCCGAUCUUGGACACCAGAGCCACUGCCCGGGAGCCCUGGCCCACCAACCCACCCACCACCAUGGUGGCCAGUCCGUCUGUGGCAGGAGUAACAUCAUCUUCUCACGUCAGCAGUUUCACUUGGCCUCCCAGUUCUGUUCCUACUACUGAGGCAUUGACAUCUGCCACGUCAUCUCCCCAAGCCCACAGCCAUCAGCCGGAGGUGCCUGUUGCCUCUGAUGACUCUUCCAGAGAGAUGGAAACUAAACUACUUGCCUCAGACCUCCCGCCAUCAACUCCCUCAGACUGGCUGCUAAGGGAAGGCACGGAGCUCCAGGACACGGAGGACUGGAUGGAUUUGCUGCAGGCAGAGAAUGACACAUCUCCCUUCUCUGCUUCUACACUUCUGUCGGGCGAUGGGGAUUCCUCAGAAAGGGACGCCCCUGACUUUCCCAGGAUCCUCCAUCCUGACCUUGACUAUCAGUAUGAUGCCCCUGGGUUUUGGGAGGAGAAUGAAGAGCUUAGCUGGGGUCCUGAUGCGUGUCCCUGUGUGCAGAGGAUCCAGGGAUCUUCACUGUUUCCAGUCAAUGUGGCGAGGAAGAUAACUCUUCUGGGAAAGAACUUCCACCUCUAUCAGGACCAGCAGUGGGACUAUGAGUGUGUCCUGGACUUGGAGGGGAGGACGGUGGUGAUGGAUGCUUAUGUGGAAGGGGAAGAAACCAACCAGUCCCUCUGUUAUAUCACCUGUCAGCUGCACCAGUACAGCUACACGGCACCUCAGCUGGAAUUCAAUGCUGUGGUGUUUGUGCAGAGGCGGCGACACCUUCGAGUGGACAGUGCUGCAGAUCUUCACGUGACUUUCUACAACUGCUCUGUGGGCCACACGGAUUGUAGCCGCUGCCAGACGGCUGACUCCAAGUACAACUGUGUGUGGUGUGGAGGCGAAAACCCCAGCUGUAUCUUCAGGGAUUCCUGCAAGGAAGAGAUAGAGGACCUGUGUCCAGCACCUCUCAUUCACUCUGUAUCCCCCCUGUCUGGACCAGUGGAAGGUGGCACUAGAAUCACCAUCACUGGCUCAAACCUCGGGCAGAAACAUCAAGACAUUGCAGAAACUGUCACUGUGGCAGGAAUUCCCUGUGCCGUAGAUGCUCAAGAGUAUGAGAUCUCUAGCAGUAUCGUGUGUGUCACUGGCGGGAGCUGGACGGAGCGAUUUGGGCACGUUGUGGUGGAAGUGCCUGGAGGAGGACGUGGAGUUUCUGGGCAUAUUUUCACCUACCAGAACCCGGAGCUGAAAUCCAUAGUUCCGACUCAGGGCCCUAAAGCGGGAGGAACCUGCCUUACUCUUCUGGGCUCCAAGCUGCUCACGGGGCAUCCCAGCGAGAUCAGCAUCCUGCUUGGAGACCUGCCCUGCAACAUCCUUUCUGAAAUGAGAGAGGAUCAGCUGGCAUGUCAGACGAGUCCCAGCAACGUGUCUGCAGAACUCCCCGUCACCAUCAAAUAUGGGGAUCAGGAGCGGAGACUGGAAGGAUCCCUCUUCAGAUAUACCCUGGAUCCCAACAUCACUUUCGCAGAGCCCCCUAAAAGCUUCCUCAGCGGAGGGAGAGUGCUCAGAGUUCAUGGAUACAACCUGGAUGUUGUGCAGAAACCGAAGAUUCGCGUUACGGUUUCUCCGUCCGAACGGCGGCGCCGGGGGCUGGGACGGUGGCGCCGAAUUAUCCCGGACACGGAGUGCCCUGAGGGCGCUCUGUGCAGCAUCCAGCAGUUUGAAGAACCGUGUCUCAUUAACUCCUCCUACCUUAUCCUGUGCAAAACGCCAGCCAUUAACUUGCUGCUGCAGAGUGUCCACGUCAAACUGGAGUUUAUUCUGGAUAAUCUGAGCUUUGAUUUCAACUCGCUCCAUCCCAUGCCCUUCUCUUACGAAGUCAACCCCAUCCUAAAACCUUUGAACUCUGAAGACCCUGCCAAACCGUAUCGCCACAAGCCUGGAAGCGUCAUCUCUGUGGAGGGAGAAAAUCUAGAUCUGGCCAUUUCCAAGGAUGAAGUUAUGGCCAUGAUUGGGGAAGGAAUCUGUGUGGUGAAGACACUGACAAGGAAUCAUCUGUACUGUGAACCCCCCUCUGAGCAGCCAGCUCCACGGCACCGCACCAAGCGAGAGGGCACCGACCUGCUCCCGGAAUUCACGGUGCAGAUGGGGAACUUGAACUUCCUCCUGGGCAGAGUGCAGUAUGACACAGAAAGCCAGCUCACCUUCCCGCUGGAGGCGCAGAUCGGCCUGGGGGUCGGCGCAUCAUUUGUGGCACUGAUUGUUCUGGUCAUUGUCUUCAUCUACAGGAGGAAGAGUAAACAGGCUCUAAGGGAUUACAAGAAAGUUCAAAUUCAGCUGGAAAAUCUAGAAACAAGCGUUCGGGACAGAUGCAAAAAGGAGUUCACAGACCUGAUGACUGAGAUGAUGGACCUCACAAGUGACCUCGUGGGCACAGGAAUCCCCUUCCUCGAUUACAAGUCCUAUGCAGAGCGCAUUUUCUUCCCGGGCCACCGUGAAUCACCGCUGCAGAGAGACCUGGACAUCCCCGAGUGCCGAAGGCAAACUGUGGAGCAGGGCUUGGUCCAGCUCUCCAAUCUGCUCAACAGCAAGCUCUUCCUCACCAAGUUCAUACACACUCUGGAAAUCCAGCGCACUUUCUCUCCAAGAGACCGGGCCUAUGUAGCAUCACUGCUCACUGUGUCACUCCAUGGAAAGCUGGAGUACUUCACUGACAUCCUCAAAACGCUCCUCAAUGACCUUGUUGAGCAGUAUGUGGCCAAAAACCCCAAGCUGAUGCUGCGGAGGACAGAAACAGUAGUGGAGAAGCUGUUAACCAACUGGAUGUCCAUCUGCCUGUAUGCUUUCGUCAGGGACUCUGUAGGGGAGCCACUUUACAUGCUGUUUCGAGGAAUCAAGCACCAGGUGGACAAGGGGCCUGUUGACUGGGUGACAGGAAAAGCCAAGUAUACCCUGAAUGACAACCGCCUCCUGAGAGAGGACCUAGAAUACCGGACCCUGACCUUAAAUGCUUUGACGCAAGCAGGAGUUGCUGCAGGAGGGGCAGAGGACUCGCAAGGGGUUUCUGCCAAAGUGCUGGACUGUGACACCAUAACACAGGUGAAGGAGAAGAUCCUCGAUCAGAUCUAUAAAGGGACGCCCUACUGUCACCGCCCGGACCCGGACACCCUGGACCUCGAGUGGAGAUCGGGGCUGGCAGGUCACCUCAUCCUGUCCGAUGAGGACGUGACAUCUGUUGUCCAAGGAACUUGGAAACGCCUGAACACUCUUCAGCACUACAAGGUGCCUGAUGGAGCAACUGUAGCCCUGGUCCCACGCCUGACCAAGCACAUCCAUAGGGAAAAUCAGGAUUACAUCCCAGGAGAAAAAACUCCAAUGUUGGAGGAUGCAGAUGAAGGUGGAAUAAAACUUUGGCACCUGGUGAAACCAACAGAAGAGCCGGAGCUCCCCAAGCACCGCCGUGGGAGCCUGCGGGACAGGGAGCGAGCCAAGGCCAUCCCAGAGAUCUAUCUGACCCGUCUGCUCUCCAUGAAGGGGACUCUGCAGAAGUUUGUGGAUGACUUGUUCCAGGUGAUCCUCAGCACAAACCGCCCCGUCCCUCUAGCUGUCAAGUACUUCUUUGACCUGCUGGAUGAGCAGGCAAUACAUUAUGGGAUUGCAGACCCUGAGACCAUCCAUAUCUGGAAGACAAACAGCCUACCCCUGCGGUUCUGGAUCAACAUCAUUAAGAACCCUCAGUUUGUCUUCGACGUGCAGACAUCGGAUAACGUCGAUGCUGUGCUCCUGGUCAUUGCACAGACCUUCAUGGACUCCUGUACAAUUGCUGACCAUAAGCUGGGGAGGGACUCUCCAAUCAAUAAGCUGCUUUAUGCCCGGGACAUUCCUCGCUACAAGCAGAUGGUGGAAAGGUAUUAUGCAGACAUUCGUCAAACCAUCUCUGCCAGCGAUCAGGAGAUGAAUUCUGCCCUGGCUGAGCUGUCACGGAAUUACUCAGGUGACCUCAAUUCCCUGGUGGCUCUACAUGAAUUGUACAAAUACAUCAAUAAGUACUAUGACCAGAUCAUUACUGCCUUGGAAGAAGACCCAACGGCGCAGAAGAUGCAGCUUGGCUAUAGACUGCAACAGAUUGCAGCAGCUGUGGAGAAUAAAGUCACAGAUUUGUGACACGCACAGUCAGACUGACGCUCUCACCUGGCUCGACAGGGACAGUGCUCGUCCUAGCUAUACACAAGGUGUCCUGCUGCCAUUGGAACCAGGCUCUCCAGGGAACCAGCGGGUGACGUGAACAGGGACGGCCGAGGCAGUACAAAGUACAAGCGUCCUUGCAUCUCAGAGAAUAUUUUUUUACAGUUUUCUCUUUUUAAAAGCAAAACAAAAAAGAACUUGUGACUUCCUCUGACCCGGAAUGUCAGGGAGACCAGACAGCUCCUUCCUACAGAUGUCUUAUGAAUGUGCCAAGUUUCCAAACCACGUUGUUGAAGAGCCAGGUGACGAUGCCAAGCACCACGUCCAUGGAGACCUCGACCUCGGCCGCCGGUGCUGAGGACUCCCCUGCUGCAGCCGCUGGCUUUAGCGCUGCAGCUGUGAGCAGCUGUGGUGCCCCAGCAGGCUGGCCAGCGGGGAGCCCGCAGCUCGGCUACUUCCCUGCAGCCUCUCUCCGGACCAGGAGGGACACAGGAACCCGUUCCCAGGCUGCUGGCUGGGCUUACCUCUCUGUAGACCCGUACAGACUGUAUGGACUAGUGAGUACAACGACCGUACGCCACCUGAGAAAUGUCCUUGUGGAAAUGUUCCCUCUGCUUGUGGAUGCUGGCUGUGGAAAGAGAGGGAGUGCUGGCAAAGGACGUUGCUCCCGCACGUUCUGGUCUCUGACAGCUUGUGUGCGAAGCCUGCUUGGAUGGGACGCGUUCACAAGCAUGGGUGCUUGCCCAGAGACCUGGAUGCCGCACGCCUGCCCUCUCGCUCAGGACAGUUUUGGCGUGUGAGGCGGAGGCUGCCUGGCCCGCCUCGGUCUCCACUGACCCCGCUCUGGUUCCGUCUCCCUGGUUCCCUGUGGCCAGAAGCUGCCCUGCUCCUCAGAAAGCACAACAAAUGCCUUGUGCCACUUCCCCUCCCUUUGGUGUCUAGCUGUUCUGCUGCUCUAAACUGGACUUGUAAAUACCCUCGGAAAGAUAAUGUAUUUAAAUGCUAAAGGAGAAUGUUUAACUUUGUGGCUUUGAGACAAAGCUUUUCCUGGAGAAGCAUCUCUGUGCACUUCUACUGACAAACGUCUGUCAGCACUGGAGCAAAGUUUUCUCCACUGCUUUGUCUGCAGGGAUAACUCUCAGAUGUGUCCGUUGUCGUAACAGCCGCUCGCUUUCUCCACAGCUCGGUCCCAGGCUUAGCUCUGUCCUUAGGCUUGCUCUUAGGCUUGCUUUACCUUAUCCACAAGUUCACUUCUCAAACUCUGCAGCCGUGGUGCAUGGAAGGAUGGGUUGGCGAGCUGUGAACUCAAGCUACGAAGCACAACU